AUGGACUCCAAGACGGUUGAGGCUGAGCUUUCCCAAAAGCAUAACAUCUUUAUGAAUACAUCUGCAUGUAUUUCAUCAGCUAAGGCAGCUCUUCGUGAGAAUGCUGCAUCGACUAGGAGAGAGAUUUCUGAGACUUUCAGUCAGCUCAUGAACAUGAUUCGUACUAGGGAGCAAGAGUUAUUAGAUGAAGUUGAUAAAGUUGUUCGCACCAAAGAAACUAAGUUGGCUGAGCAACAACAGAGAGUCUAUCAUGGAAUUCUAUUAUGUGAUAAAAUCUUAGAAGUCGUUAAGAGCCGACCAAGCGAAGCGAUUCAGAAUCAUGAUGCUAUUAUGAUGAGACUUAAUAGCAUUGACCACACUAUAAAAGACGCCGGAAUGGUUGCCUUUGAAAAAGAUAUUUUGACUUUCCGUUGUGCCAUUUAUACUUUUGGUUUCAUUCAAGAUAUCAUCUGUAACGUCCAAUCUGUUCCUUCGGGUGAGAGUCUACCUCGAGAAAUUGAAGAUUAUGAAGACGAUAUUGGGAUGAGCCAUAAGUCAGUUUUUCGCUACGCUCCCAAUAGAGAAAGAAAAGUGUUCUCAGCUCCAGCUACUACUGUUCAACAAUGGCUUACAAGCAUUCCCUCCGGAGCUGCUCUUGAUGCUGAUGUCUCCACGUUGGUAGCUGAGUUUGAAAUUCUCAAGGCUAAUUCUCCCACAAUCGAAAUCGAUCAGUCAGAAACCAGCUCUUUCGAUGUGUUGAACGAUUGUAAAGGCUCUACAGAUUCAAAUACUGUAGUAAGCAGUGAAUUUGCAAAGAUGCUGAGCCGGCCCUUAUCUGAUUGGCUCAUACAGAACGGACUAUCUUUCGUAGAUGACUCCUCUAGUAAGGGUAGUACCAUUUCUUCAAAUAGAAACAAAAGAAGACAUAGCUUCGAAGACCACAUCAAAAGCAAACGAUUUGGAUUUGAAGAUAUCAUUCGUAAUAUUCAAAUGUCAAGUUCCAACUCAUGGUUUAUGGGGGAAUCAUUAGAUGAUUCUGAAGUAAAGUGCGUUGUUCAUGAUAAGGCCAGUGAAAGCGAUUCUCAAUCAGCUUCCGACUCGGAUCAUUCAAAUCAAAAACUGCCUGAAGCUGAGUACAUCAAAAGAUUACGUUUGAUGUUCAAAAUGUUCGACCCUACCUGGGGCUCAACUUCACCGUCUUCGUUAUCAAAUGAAAGAUUAGAUCAAAACUCGGACUUGUAUUGGAAGCAAGUAGUGGAUAAAAUUCAGAAAUCUUAUAAUUGGCUUUCAUAG